AUGACAGGCGUAUCAGAUAGCGAAGGCCCGACCAUGGACCCCAUCUUGUGUGGCUCCAUGGCGCCUUCCGGAAACACGCUAGCAGAAACAAGUUCUGCAUCGCCGUCCCAGUCUCCUCUUCCAGGCCGCAAUGAGAGCGAGGGGCCUGGAUCCCGCACCUGGACGACUUCAGCAGUGAUCAAGUUGUCGGGAGCGUUGAGAAACAUAGGAUCGACCUGCUACCUGAACAGCGCCGUACAAGUGCUCAGGUACUGCAAUGGAUUUACGAUGCUGUUGGACGACAUAUGUUCUCGCCUACCCAGCCAAUUACCCACUCUGCAAGAGCUACGACGCGUCAUACACAGACUUGCAGCAUCCGAGGAGCGCGACCCUCGUCCUGGAUACAUACUGAGUCCAAUCAACCCUACAAAACUGGUAGCCGAAAUGCGUAAAUAUCACCGUGGUAGUUAUACAUCACAGAUGUCCUGGGAUACAAGCGAGCCCAUUAUGCAUUUUGUGGAGGCGCUUAUGGCUGGCGCUUCCGAAGUGUCACACAGGGUGGUCGAUGCGAUCCAUGACCUACUCUGCAUGCAAAUCCAGGUCACUCGGACAUGUUCAGACUGCACCUUCAAGCAGGUCAACACCGAGGUCGACAGCCUUACUAGCUAUUUCGUACUUCCAGUCGGCUAUACCAUUGACUUAAGCAGUCCUCAUGGCAUCACGCAUUCGCUGAAGGCAAGGGUCGAGUAUUAUAUGGAGCGUAAAGAAACUGAAGUGUGUAGGAUGUGCCGCAAAGAGAGCUGCUCAGUCGCCCGGAAGAUAGUCCAUUGUCCUCAAGUGCUAAUCGUGCACCUGAACAAGUUACCUACACCGACAGACUCUCCAUUAGGAAGCGUCCCAUCAAGUCCUAUUCUCGUAGACGAAUCUCUGUGCCUGGAAAAGUACAAGAUCCAAGACGGCUCUUUCAGAGGCCAGCCUACGACAUAUGGUAAGGCACGCGAACACUUCUUUUAGGAGACUUCACUCGUGAUAUGUAACUGUAAGUUUACUCAUCGGGUGUACUCGUAUCAUUCAUCGCCAGAACUGCGCUCGUUCAUUAGUUACAUGAACGGUUGGGAUGGCCAUUACGUGUCGUACUUGAAAAAGGUGCUAGAUCUUGAUACGAUUAUCGAGUCAAGCAAUGGACAAAGGCGUGUAGAGACAAAGCGCUAUGAUUAGUAAGCGCCAGUAAAG